AUGUCCAGUUGGGCACAGCAGCGAGAAGCCAUCCGCCGAGCGAGAGCGAGGACGAACGCCCAGGGCUCGCAGCGGCUCCCCCUCGCGAACCGCGAGGCCUUCUUCCGCGAGAAGUACACGGACUGGCUCGCCCACGUGGUCCCACAUCUUCGACGCCUGCGCCAUUCCUGCAAGCUUCUGGGGUCCUCAGCCGAAGUCUUGGACAUCAUCGCGAAGUUCUUGCAGGUCCUGACCUCCAGCAACGGAAACGUCCCGCCAACUGGCACAUCGUGCGACGGUGCGACCUGCAACACCAAGGUGAAUGCAGUGUGGUUGGGACUGCUGCCGGAGGAUGCUCGACAGCAGCUUCCCUUCUUCAAAGACCUCCGCCUUACGUAUCCCAAGUGGAAGCUGUGGCCCUAUGCCUUUGCACACUUUGGCGACUUCCUGAUGACACCGUCCAACGGUUACUUCCAUGUGACGAAGAGGUACAACCUCCAGCACUGCAGCGGGAUCAGGAAGGUCAGGUAUCCAGGUUGUGCAGUGGUAGCCCUUUUGAUUAUGUUUCUUUUGGAGCCGGAACACAAGAUAACAACACACCCUAACAUGCUUACCUUUCCCCAUCGUUGGGCCAACGAACAGCCCAGAUAUGGCGAUCUGUGGGUAGAUGUGGCAUGCGAGUUGGACAAAGGCAUCUCUCACAAAACCUUCACUUGUGUCAACAAGCAGAGCGAUGCAGAUGCCGCGAUGCGGUCCUCGCCGCCCUUUGUUCCUCGAUCCUGGAGUGCAGCCGGCCUUCAUGUCCACUGCCUCAUCAGUGCUUUGCUGUGCAGCUGCACCGGCGGCAGUCCAGGCUACAGCAAGAGCCAGAUGGCUUGCAAUGGAUUCAGUGUUUACUUCUUGAUGCUUCUGCAUCUGCAUCACAACCUGGCCCGAGGGCGGGCGCCCAACGAAGGCAUUUCGCACACAACCCUCCGCAACGUAUGCAGUGCUGCGGCUCACGCCGUGAACUGCUGCUUAGGCAGCCACGAACCGCGAUACACACAAGAAAUUGGGAUAGAAGUCAUGUUUUCUGAGGUGAAGAGCCCCUUCCGGGGCAACCCAACACUGAAGGACAUGCUGUAUGGGACGGCUCGAUUGGCGGCCCUCAAGGCCAAGGCCCUGCAGAAGAUAGUGGCGCUCCGAGACUGCCUUCAGUUCUGGAGUUUCAUCUGUGUCGAUACCACGGUCGAUGAGCUUUAUGAUGGGCUGCGGAAGUUCUGGGGGCAGGAGGGCCACUCUUUCUUUCGAUCCCUGGCCGAGGUGGAGGACCCAGGAGAUCUGCUGCCGGACAUGGUGGAAGUCUCUCUCCAAGAUGAUCAGUGCAAGGAUGCAGCCACCACGCAUACCGAAAAGCUCCAGUCAAUGAGAGAUCGAGCCGCCGUGAUGGAGCAAGUGGAGGCUCUCUGCAGCCAGGACGAGCCCCCAGCCGAGCUUGCAGAGGCAAGGCCCGCUGAUGAUCAGCCGGCACCGGUGGAUGAGGCUUCUAUCCUGCCGCCCGAAGGGCAUGAGUCAGGGGUCCCCAUGACCUUGCAUGACGUGCUGGUCAUCGCACUGCACCAGGGCGGCCCUGAGUUCGACAUUGGUGAAUCCACUGCUCUAGGGAAGGGUGCAUGCCUCCAUCGCAUGCAGCGGCUCAUGAGCCCGAUCAGGGCUUUCUCUCGACAGGCCAGGCUCGAGGAAAACAUCCUCAGCAAAGGUCUUUUGGAGGACCGAAAGGCAAAGGCCAAUGAUUGGAAUCAGCGAGAGCACGACCUGGUAGUUGCCAGGAGGAUGGCCAAUCUGUCGCAUCAGCGAGCAGCCCGAAGCACAGCUUGGGCCAAUGCAUCUGCAUCCUUCGUGCAGGAGGUCAGAAAAAGCAUCCGGAGACUGCCGGCGGCCUGCAGUGCAUCGAGACUUACCGUCCUUUGA